AUGGCCGCCGACGGAAGCGGCACAUCGCGCGCGUACCUAUCUUAUCAUGAGCCGAGCGUAAUCGAAAUUCUUACCCUCAUAUCCUUCUUUCUGUUCCUCGCCGUUGCAGAAUGGCUGGCCGAUAAGGUCGUCCGCGCCUCGCUGAUUGGGCACAUCAUUGUCGGCCUCAUCUACGGCGUGCCCAUCGCCAACAUCUUGGCCCUCCCAUGGAAAGAGACCUUUCUCGCAUUGGGCUACUUAGGCCUGAUCCUGAUCAUCUUUGAAGCAGGGGGGCUCACCAUUCGUCUCGACCUGCUUCGCCAGAACCUCCUUCUCAGCCUUGUCGCAGCCCUGGUCGGCGUGCUCACUCCCAUCGCCUUGUCGUUUGCGUUCUUCUACGCUGGCUUGCAUCACGCCGCUCUGGAGGCCUUCAUAGUCGGGACAUCCCUCUGCUCCACCUCCCUCGGCACCACCUUUGUCGUCCUGUCGAGCGCCUCCAGAACCCAAUCCAAGGGCAAGGGCAGCAACCAAGGCGGCGACCACGCCGCCCCGGCGCCGGUCGACUUCUCUCAGACCCGCGUCGGCACCGUCCUCGUCAGCGCCGCAGUCCUCGACGACGUGUGCGGCCUGGUGCUGGUCAGCGUCAUUCACAACCUCCGCGGGAUAGCCGCCGCCGGCGCGACGACGGCGACCACCACCACCAGCCUGGGCUGGGUCAUCGGCCGCCCCGUACUCGCGAGCGCGCUGAUGGCGCUCCUGACGCCCGCCGUGGCUCGCUUCGCCGCCGGCCCGCUGUACCGGCGCUUCUUCGCUCCUCGUGUCCCCGCCGGAGCCGGGGCCGCGCGGGUGGUCAACUUCCUCCUCAUGGCCGUCGUUUUGUGCGCAUUUGUUGCGAUCGCCGCCUGUGCGGGCGCGUCAGUGCUGUUUGGCGCGUUUCUGGCUGGCGCCUUCGUGAGUAGCCUGCCUGGGGGCGGGAGGGCUGAGCAGAUAGAGGGAGCGGGCGAACCUCGUGGGUUCGCAGACUCCUUCGAACACUACUUGGGGCCGCCGCAAAGAUAUGUCUUCCAACCCUUGUUUUUCGCCUCGAUCGGUUUCGCCAUCCCGUUCGUGGAGUUGUGGACGGGCGAGAUCAUCUGGAAGGGUGUCGUUUACACCUUACUCAUGGUGUUUGGGAAGCUUCUUGUUGGCAUAGUGGUGCCGAUUUGGGACUUCAUCUUCCACAGGAUCAGGAAGAGAUCGUCGGAGAAGAGGCCCGAUGGUGUUGGGGUUGGCUCUAGCUGGGCGCCCGCCACGCUGCUCGGUGCUGCCAUGGUGGCACGCGGUGAAAUUGGUCUACUGAUCAUCCAAAUCGGCCUCAAUGAAACGCCAUUUUUGACUCAAAAGGCCUUCGUCAUUGGCGUCUGGGCCAUCGUUCUCAAUACCAUCAUCGGCCCUGUGCUGGUGGGCAUCUUGCUCAAGCGGGUCGGCACAAGCAUCGCCGAAAACCCUCGUUGGGGCGUCCAAGCAGAACACGGGUCUGAUAUUGAGGUCGAUGCGGCGGCCGAACCGACGGGAGACUCAACCGGGAUGAGUACGAGGGCAGCCUUGACAUGA